AUUUGUUGAUCCCCUGCUACUAUACACGGAAGCCUGUUAAGCGAAAGGUUCUUCUAUUCCGUCCACAACCAUUUGCACCAUUUAAAGCAUUUGAGCAAAGUCUGAAGGUUGAGCAUAACGUGGCGGUUAUAUAAAGAUGGGUUCCGAGGGCUUUCUUGGAUUUGGUUUAAAUGAAGAAGAUGAUAAACUGCUAAAGCAGUUAUUGGAGUGUGAUUGCGGAAUGAAAACAAUACUAGCCUUUGUUAGUUCAAGAUUGCUUAGGCCACUGACUUCUUGGGAAAUCAAGAUACUUCGCAAUCAAGUUUUCCCUGGUUCCAAGAAACUCUCGGACGUACUGGAUGAAAUACGUAAAGAUUCUAUUGUGUUCGUGGAGCAGUGUGACGGUGAGAUUACUCAAGUCUCUUUGUCACACUAUGAGCAGAUCGAGUUAUAUAAGAGGUUCCCAGAAGUUCUUAGUUUCAGUGUCACCUACAACGCUUGUCUCGUUGGAUUUACUAUUUUCCAGGUAGCUGUAACAGAUGGUCUUCUAUGUACAAGACCCAUCAUGUUUUCAUUACAUUCCUCAGAACAAACAGAAGAUCUGUGCGUUUUGCUAAAGCAUUUCCGUGAAAUUUUUAAGGAUGUUAGCUCAACCCUAACAGUAGCUGUAGAUUGCCCAGUUUCUAAACCGGAGUUGGUGCAGGAAUUCUUUCCAACUUCAAGGAUUGUUUUGAGUUCGUCAUACGUUAGAAAGGUCUUUAAGAAAAAGUAGUUUAAAAGUCCCGUUGCAAAUAAAAUUUUUGCUGGGUUGACAUCUACGUUAUGUCCAAACAAAUUUAAAUCUGAUCUACAAAAUAUGAAGAAGUUAGAUUCGAAGGUUUAUGAUUACGUCAUUCAACAUUGGAUCCCUAUAAAAGAAAUGUGGGUGCCAGCGUUCUUACAAAAUGUUGUUACAUUAGGUACGAAAGUCAAUGGUGUAGUAAAAUGCGUUCAUCCGCAUAUACGAGAAGCACUUAAAGAAAAUGACUCACUGAAAGAUUGCUUGAUGGCUUUACAUAAGGAAGUUAGAAAAUACUGUAACCUCUUAGAAAAUGAGACUUCUUUUCGCCUUCUCAAACAUAAAAGGUUCAAUGUAGACGAAAAGUUACAUGAAUUUCUCAAUCAACUCACAGAUUAUGCUUCUGAUAAAACCUACAACGACAUCGUACGCGAAAGUGACAUCACCAUUGAACAAGUUGAGGACGAUUGCGUAUUUUGUUCAGAUGAUGGGAAUUCUUACAGAGUGGAUAGAAAUAAUGGCGUGUGUUCAUGUUCACUAAAUUCAGUUGAGUUGAUACCAUGCAGACAUCUCAUGAAAGUCCACUUUUCUAUCGGUUUGCAUACAGAUACCCGCGGUGGCUUAGAUCUCAUAAUCUUCAACCACUAUCAACUGCUUCGACGAGGGAUAAGCGAAUUGACGUCAAUAGUGCUAUGGCAAUGGUCAUUAGAAAACUAAAGAUGUUACAAGACCAGUGUUCACCGACUGUCGUUUUCGAAACUGUCAAUCGAAUAAAUGCCAUCAUCGGAAAAUCCACCACGGAAAAUUUAUGUAUAUCUCCCACCUUAUCAGAUUCCUUUUAAAUUAAAUACUAUCUACUUGUAACAUUUGGACGGCGCUUGAGUCAGUCAUUUGACCGAGUAAUAUUCAUUUCUCGUUCAUCUAAAAAUAUAUUUUUUUGCUGUAUAAACGAUAACUGCCUUUAAACUCACUAGUUUGCAAUUGACUAUGUAUUUGUUAAAUAUUUGAUCCACAAAAUGUACAGUAUUAAAGAUAAAAAUUUUGUUCAACUGAUACAUCACAUCAGGUAACGAUCUACUCAAGACGAGUUUUUCCACCAUAUAAAGGAAAAAGAAAUAAUUCGAACACUCCGACAACCAGGUAACAACUGUGUGAUUUUAAUAUUAUCAAUAAUAUUAUUCAUUUUUCUAUAUCUGUAAUAUAAAACAUCACAAACCUUGACAUCGAAUAAUGCCCGUUCACUUUAUGUAACUGUAUCUUCUGUCUUAGAAAUGAGUGUGUCAUAAAUCACUUCAGCGAGUGGCGUUUCAUAAGGCCACAAUCCACGAUAUCUAAAUGUAAACACAUGUCAUAUGAAUACCACAGGCAUUAUAUCUUUCAUGAAUAUUAACAAACAUAGUAUCGGAUAUAUCACACAAGUUUCUGGACUUUAAUGUCAUGUCAUUAGUACCAGAACAUACUGAAAAACGCACAACACAAAAUGGACCUGAAAAAAGGAUUACGAAACAAAACUUUUCCACAAUUAAUCACACCAUUUACCACCAACCUAAAAAACACAUAAAAAUAGGAAUAUUGCUGGAGAAGAAUUCCACAAUAAUUGAUGUUCCAUAGCACGAAGAACGUUCAUCUGCGUUGCUGUGUCUGCCUCUGUGAAAGGGUGCGCGCACACACACAGACGUACAUCCAGAUAGAUAGAGAGACGUCUGACAUUUGAUUGUUUAUUGCAGAGGAUGUUUGCUGUGAUGAUGAGUAGUCGAAUGUGUUGUGUGGUAGGUCAUUUCGAUGUCUGAGUGUGGUUGAUGAGUCAGUUUGCGAAUGGAUAUGGUGAGAGUGUUGUGUUGUGUUGUGUUGUUUGGUUUGUGAUCGUCUAGCGCGAUGUUGUUUGUAUGAUGUAGAGAGCAGUGUUGUUCGUAUGAUCAUGCGAUAGCUUGUGUCCGCGUGUAACAAUAUCAAUGUAAGCAUAUAUAUAUAUAUAUAUAUAUAUAUAUAUAUAUUUCUGUGACGAAUGCUGGUUGAAUGUGAUAACAUAAUUGUGGUGUGAGUUGUGAGUUGAGUUUUCGUUUAGAGAGUGUGUGUGUGUGUGUGUUGAGCAGUCGGUUGGUGUUUGCUAUGUGUGUUAUGUGGAUAAGAUUUCUCCCUGUCGUUCGUGUAUUGUAUUCGUAGGAACUGAUCUGUUCGUUUGGAGAUUGUGUUAUGUUAUGUCGGAGAGUGUGGUUGUGGUUAUGGUUGCGGGUGCUAGGAAGACGGACUGUUGAGAGAGUGUAUAAUGAGUUAUUUUGUUGAGUUGAAAAUGAAAUGUGGCAGUUGUGAUGUAUAUUUGUUUGGCGGUAUUUGUUUUUGAUAGUGGAGAAAGGCGUGACAAUGUACUGAAACGACGAAUGACUGUAUGACAAAUUGAUUGAUUGUGUAUGGUGACAAGGAUGUUUGAAGUUGUGUUUGGUGUUGUUUCUGUUGCAUCUGGUGGGAGUUUGUGUGUGUGUGUGUGUGUGUGAAGGUGUGUAUAUUUGCGACAUGUUGUCGGUGAAGGAAUACGAGGGAUUUGUUGUGUAUUGGAUUUAUUUGAUUGUACUGACUAUGGUUUAUGUUGAUGAGGUGUGUCGGAGACGUGGGUGACAGUCAUGAAUGUUGGGUUGUUGUGUGUUUUUGGGUGUUGGUGAAUAUUGGUGAUCGGUUUGAUGCGGCAUGGUAUGUGAGUGAGGUCGAUUGUAUAUGUAUAUAUAUAUAUAUAUAUAUGUAUAUAUGUGUGUGUGUGUGUCUGUUGUUGGUUUGUUGAGUGUUUGAAUUUGUCUGUUAGUCGAGGUGAUUGUUGUGCAAGAGCUCCACAUUCCUAGUUGUUGUUCCAUGGAAUACUAAUGACCUUGCGAAAUGAAUGUUCAUCUGUGUUGUUGUGUCUGCCUCUGUGAAAGGGUGCGCGCACACACACAGACGUACAUCCAGAUAGAUAGAGAGACGUCUGACGUUUGAUUGUUUAUUGCAGAGGAUGUUUGCUGUGAUGAUGAGUGGUCGAAUGUGUUGUGUGGUAGGUCAUUUCGAUGUCUGAGUGUGGUUGAUGAGUCAGUUUGCGAAUGGAUAUGGUGAGAGUGUUGUGUUGUGUUGUGUUGUUUGGUUUGUGAUCGUCUAGCGCGAUGUUGUUUGUAUGAUGUAGAGAGCAGUGUUGUUCGUAUGAUCAUGCGAUAGCUUGUGUCCGCGUGUAACAAUAUCAAUGUAAGCAUAUAUAUAUAUAUAUAUAUUUCUGUGACGAAUGCUGGUUGAAUGUGAUAACAUAAUUGUGGUGUGAGUUGUGAGUUGAGUUUUCGUUUAGAGAGUGUGUGUGUGUGUGUGUUGAGCAGUCGGUUGGUGUUUGUUAUGUGUGUUAUGUGGAUAAGAUUUCUCCCUGUCGUUCGUGUAUUGUAUUCGUAGGAACUGAUCUGUUCGUUUGGAGAUUGUGUUAUGUUAUGUCGGAGAGUGUGGUUGUGGUUAUGGUUGCGGGUGCUAGGAAGACGGACUGUUGAGAGAGUGUAUAAUGAGUUAUUUUGUUGAGUUGAAAAUGAAAUGUGGCAGUUGUGAUGUAUAUUUGUUUGGCGGUAUUUGUUUUUGAUAGUGGAGAAAGGCGUGACAAUGUACUGAAACGACGAAUGACUGUAUGACAAAUUGAUUGAUUGUGUAUGGUGACAAGGAUGUUUGAAGUUGUGUUUGGUGUUGUUUCUGUUGCAUCUGGUGGGAGUUUGUGUGUGUGUGUGUGUGUGUGAAGGUGUGUAUAUUUGCGACAUGUUGUCGGUGAAGGAAUACGAGGGAUUUGUUGUGUAUUGGAUUUAUUUGAUUGUACUGACUAUGGUUUAUGUUGAUGAGGUGUGUCGGAGACGUGGGUGACAGUCAUGAAUGUUGGGUUGUUGUGUGUUUUGGGUGUUGGUGAAUAUUGGUGAUCGGUUUGAUGCGGCAUGGUAUGUGAGUGAGGUCGAUUGUAUAUGUAUAUAUAUAUAUAUAUAUAUGUAUAUAUGUGUGUGUGUGUGUCUGUUGUUGGUUUGUUGAGUGUUUGAAUUUGUCUGUUAGUCGAGGUGAUUGUUGUGCAAGAGCUCCACAUUCCUAGUUGUUGUUCCAUGGAAUACUAAUGACCUUGCGAAAUGAAUGUUCAUCUGUGUUGUUGUGUCUGCCUCUGUGAAAGGGUGCGCGCACACACACAGACGUACAUCCAGAUAGAUAGAGAGACGUCUGACGUUUGAUUGUUUAUUGCAGAGGAUGUUUGCUGUGAUGAUGAGUGGUCGAAUGUGUUGUGUGGUAGGUCAUUUCGAUGUCUGAGUGUGGUUGAUGAGUCAGUUUGCGAAUGGAUAUGGUGAGAGUGUUGUGUUGUGUUGUGUUGUUUGGUUUGUGAUCGUCUAGCGCGAUGUUGUUUGUAUGAUGUAGAGAGCAGUGUUGUUCGUAUGAUCAUGCGAUAGCUUGUGUCCGCGUGUAACAAUAUCAAUGUAAGCAUAUAUAUAUAUAUAUAUUUCUGUGACGAAUGCUGGUUGAAUGUGAUAACAUAAUUGUGGUGUGAGUUGUGAGUUGAGUUUUCGUUUAGAGAGUGUGUGUGUGUGUGUGUUGAGCAGUCGGUUGGUGUUUGCUAUGUGUGUUAUGUGGAUAAGAUUUCUCCCUGUCGUUCGUGUAUUGUAUUCGUAGGAACUGAUCUGUUCGUUUGGAGAUUGUGUUAUGUUAUGUCGGAGAGUGUGGUUGUGGUUAUGGUUGCGGGUGCUAGGAAGACGGACUGUUGAGAGAGUGUAUAAUGAGUUAUUUUGUUGAGUUGAAAAUGAAAUGUGGCAGUUGUGAUGUAUAUUUGUUUGGCGGUAUUUGUUUUUGAUAGUGGAGAAAGGCGUGACAAUGUACUGAAACGACGAAUGACUGUAUGACAAAUUGAUUGAUUGUGUAUGGUGACAAGGAUGUUUGAAGUUGUGUUUGGUGUUGUUUCUGUUGCAUCUGGUGGGAGUUGUGUGUGUGUGUGUGUGUGUGAAGGUGUGUAUAUUUGCGACAUGUUGUCGGUGAAGGAAUACGAGGGAUUUGUUGUGUAUUGGAUUUAUUUGAUUGUACUGACUAUGGUUUAUGUUGAUGAGGUGUGUCGGAGACGUGGGUGACAGUCAUGAAUGUUGGGUUGUUGUGUGUUUUUGGGUGUUGGUGAAUAUUGGUGAUCGGUUUGAUGCGGCAUGGUAUGUGAGUGAGGUCGAUUGUAUAUAUAUAUAUAUAUAUAUAUAUAUGUAUAUAUAUGUGUGUGUGUGUCUGUUGUUGGUUUGUUGAGUGUUUGAAUUUGUCUGUUAGUCGAGGUGAUUGUUGUGCAAGAGCUCCACAUUCCUAGUUGUUGUUCCAUGGAAUACUAAUGACCUUGCGAAAUGAAUGUUCAUCUGUGUUGUUGUGUCUGCCUCUGUGAAAGGGUGCGCGACACACACAGACGUACAUCCAGAUAGAUAGAGAGACGUCUGACGUUUGAUUGUUUAUUGCAGAGGAUGUUUGCUGUGAUGAUGAGUGGUCGAAUGUGUUGUGUGGUAGGUCAUUUCGAUGUCUGAGUGUGGUUGAUGAGUCAGUUUGCGAAUGGAUAUGGUGAGAGUGUUGUGUUGUGUUGUGUUGUUUGGUUUGUGAUCGUCUAGCGCGAUGUUGUUUGUAUGAUGUAGAGAGCAGUGUUGUUCGUAUGAUCAUGCGAUAGCUUGUGUCCGCGUGUAACAAUAUCAAUGUAAGCAUAUAUAUAUAUAUAUAUAUAUAUAUAUAUUUCUGUGACGAAUGCUGGUUGAAUGUGAUAACAUAAUUGUGGUGUGAGUUGUGAGUUGAGUUUUCGUUUAGAGAGUGUGUGUGUGUGUGUUGAGCAGUCGGUUGGUGUUUGCUAUGUGUGUUAUGUGGAUAAGAUUUCUCCCUGUCGUUCGUGUAUUGUAUUCGUAGGAACUGAUCUGUUCGUUUGGAGAUUGUGUUAUGUUAUGUCGGAGAGUGUGGUUGUGGUUAUGGUUGCGGGUGCUAGGAAGACGGACUGUUGAGAGAGUGUAUAAUGAGUUAUUUUGUUGAGUUGAAAAUGAAAUGUGGCAGUUGUGAUGUAUAUUUGUUUGGCGGUAUUUGUUUUUGAUAGUGGAGAAAGGCGUGACAAUGUACUGAAACGACGAAUGACUGUAUGACAAAUUGAUUGAUUGUGUAUGGUGACAAGGAUGUUUGAAGUUGUGUUUGGUGUUGUUUCUGUUGCAUCUGGUGGGAGUGUGUGUGUGUGUGUGUGUGUGUGUGAAGGUGUGUAUAUUUGCGACAUGUUGUCGGUGAAGGAAUACGAGGGAUUUGUUGUGUAUUGGAUUUAUUUGAUUGUACUGACUAUGGUUUAUGUUGAUGAGGUGUGUCGGAGACGUGGGUGACAGUCAUGAAUGUUGGGUUGUUGUGUGUUUUUGGGUGUUGGUGAAUAUUGGUGAUCGGUUUGAUGCGGCAUGGUAUGUGAGUGAGGUCGAUUGUAUAUGUAUAUAUAUAUAUAUGUAUAUGUAUAUAUGUGUGUGUGUGUGUCUGUUGUUGGUUUGUUGAGUGUUUGAAUUUGUCUGUUAGUCGAGGUGAUUGUUGUGCAAGAGCUCCACAUUCCUAGUUGUUGUUCCAUGGAAUACUAAUGACCUUGCGAAAUGAAUGUUCAUCUGUGUUGUUGUGUCUGCCUCUGUGAAAGGGUGCGCGCACACACACAGACGUACAUCCAGAUAGAUAGAGAGACGUCUGACGUUUGAUUGUUUAUUGCAGAGGAUGUUUGCUGUGAUGAUGAGUGGUCGAAUGUGUUGUGUGGUAGGUCAUUUCGAUGUCUGAGUGUGGUUGAUGAGUCAGUUUGCGAAUGGAUAUGGUGAGAGUGUUGUGUUGUGUUGUGUUGUUUGGUUUGUGAUCGUCUAGCGCGAUGUUGUUUGUAUGAUGUAGAGAGCAGUGUUGUUCGUAUGAUCAUGCGAUAGCUUGUGUCCGCGUGUAACAAUAUCAAUGUAAGCAUAUAUAUAUAUAUAUAUAUAUAUUUCUGUGACGAAUGCUGGUUGAAUGUGAUAACAUAAUUGUGGUGUGAGUUGUGAGUUGAGUUUUCGUUUAGAGUGUGUGUGUGUGUGUGUUGAGCAGUCGGUUGGUGUUUGCUAUGUGUGUUAUGUGGAUAAGAUUUCUCCCUGUCGUUCGUGUAUUGUAUUCGUAGGAACUGAUCUGUUCGUUUGGAGAUUGUGUUAUGUUAUGUCGGAGAGUGUGGUUGUGGUUAUGGUUGCGGGUGCUAGGAAGACGGACUGUUGAGAGAGUGUAUAAUGAGUUAUUUUGUUGAGUUGAAAAUGAAAUGUGGCAGUUGUGAUGUAUAUUUGUUUGGCGGUAUUUGUUUUUGAUAGUGGAGAAAGGCGUGACAAUGUACUGAAACGACGAAUGACUGUAUGACAAAUUGAUUGAUUGUGUAUGGUGACAAGGAUGUUUGAAGUUGUGUUUGGUGUUGUUUCUGUUGCAUCUGGUGGGAGUUUGUGUGUGUGUGUGAAGGUGUGUAUAUUUGCGACAUGUUGUCGGUGAAGGAAUACGAGGGAUUUGUUGUGUAUUGGAUUUAUUUGAUUGUAC